AUGAAUACAGAUAAUUUAUAUGACAAUAAUAAUAAAUUUAAUACGCCAUUCACAGCUGAUCAGCUAGCACCAAAGUCUUCGACUCAAGAUAACGUCAACAUCCAGAUUAUAGACGCUAUAAGGACUACAGAAGGCGCUAAGUCUUCUUAUAUCACCUAUAUAAUUCAGUCUGAUUCACAGCAAGUCUCGAGGCGAUACUCCGAAUUUGAAUCACUCAGGCAGAUCCUCGGUAGACUCUACCCAACGCUUAUUAUUCCCCCUAUACCCUCAAAGCACACACUCGGCGACCUCGCGAAGACGAAGGAGGAUGCUAAGAUCGUAACACGACGUAGGAGAACACUACAGGAUUUCCUCAGUCGUGUCGCUCGCCACCCUAUUCUUGGCAGUGAACACUUCUUUCAUAAGUUCCUUUCACCUGAAAUCAGCUGGAAACACGUACUUGCAAGCCCGCCGAUUAGUACUCUCCCUCGUAAUCCACUCCACGUUUCUUCAAAUGAUCCAACCAAUGAUUCCAAUGUCGCUGCUUACGCUUCUUUGCCUACACCUUCGCCUUCACAGCCGCUACGUCAUCCAGAUCAGCGUUUCCUCGAUAGCGAAAUGUUCACAGCUAAGUUCGCACAGCACUUUGAGAGCUCCUUGGAGCGAGUAGAUAAGCGUACUACUAAGAGGUGGUCGACUGUCGCGAACGAUUAUGCAGAAUUAGGAGCAGCUUUUAAUGGUUUCAGUUUGACAGAAUCAGACCUUUCGGUUGCGCUUGAGAAAGUUGGCCAGGCUGUUGACUCAACGUAUAUUUCAACGAACACUAUGUUGCAAAAUUGGGAGAAAGAUUUCUCAGAGCCACUACACAUAUACAGUCAAUUCGCUGGUAUAAUCAAGAAACUACUCGAAUACAGACAUCAAAAGCACGCUCAGUAUGAGAUGUUAAUUGACGCAUUGGACGCUAAACGCAGCACACUCGAAGAACUAGAAAGAGCAGAGCAGGAGGCUAGUAGACUCGAUGAGGCUCUCUCCCGUGGAUUAUCAUCAACGAAAAUGCUCGAUAGACCGAACGAGGAGGAGGAGGCUACAAAUGGUGCAGAAGCACCAUCUGAUAGUGAACCUCCCGCUGAAGCCGAAACUGAUGCUGAGGCAGACCAAUUGCCCUCACAGUCUAUUAUCACGAGUUCACCACCGAAGAUCCGGAGAUACAAGAGUAAUAUGAGUUUCCUCGGUGCAAUUUCACAUACAUUACAUGGUAUAAUGGAUGUUGAUCCUGAGGCAACUAGGAGAAAUAGCAUUGGAAAGACGCGAGAGUCGAUUCAAGGGCUUGAGUCUGCAUUAGAAGCCUCAACAUAUGAUUUGAGUUACACUAGCCAAAUAAUUCAGGCAGAUUUGGAUAGAUUCCAACGACAGAAAGUUGCAGAUAUCCGGGAGAUGUGCAUAUCAUACGCCCAAUUCCACUCAGAUUGGGCAAAAGAUAAUGCAUCCGUUUGGGAAGAAGCUCAAAGGGAGAUUGAGAAGAUAGAUAUUAACCUAAAUGAUGAAGAAAUAGAGCAAUAUUCACAUCAAUUUGACAACGUUUAG